CUGCAACGAGCAAAAUCGGCAAACUGGGUUUUGGCGUGAGCGUGUGCGUGCGGUGAAAAUUCUACAAUUUUGUGAACCGGAAAGUAUCUACAUCAGCAAAAUCCACGCUUAUUUGGGGUUCGAUAGCUCAGUUGUAGCUAUUUGAAGCUAUAUUGUGACAGUUAUUCACUAUUUAUUUGCUUUGCAUUAAGGCGUUUUAGCGGCCAACUGCAAGUAAUGGUGGGGUCACGCGUGUAUGUUGGUGGUUUGCCGUAUGGCGUCAGGGAACGCGACUUGGAGCGUUUCUUUAAAGGUUAUGGCAGGACGAGAGAUAUUCUGAUCAAGAAUGGCUAUGGAUUUGUUGAGUUUGAGGAUUAUCGUGAUGCUGAUGACGCCGUCUACGAAUUAAACGGGAAAGAGCUAUUGGGUGAAAGAGUUGUUGUGGAACCAGCAAGGGGUACCGCUCGUGGGCCAAGCGGUUACCGCGAAAGAGAUAGGUACGAUAGAGAUCGCCGUGGUGGAAGGUAUGACAAAUAUAAAAGCAAUUCCAGGAACAGUUCCCGUUAUGGACCCCCACUCCGUACCGAAUACCGUCUGGUCGUGGAGAAUUUGUCGACCCGUGUCAGCUGGCAGGAUCUCAAGGACUACAUGCGCCAAGCUGGAGAAGUAACGUAUGCAGAUGCCCACAAGCAACGCAAAAAUGAAGGCGUCGUAGAGUUUGCGACUUUAUCGGACAUGAAAACUGCCAUUGAGAAGCUGGAUGAUACAGAGCUCAAUGGACGACGUAUUCGUUUGGUUGAGGAUCGUGGACGUAACGGACGAAAUGGACGUGGCCGCUCACGGUCUUCGAGCAGUCGCUCUAGAUCGCGUUCGCGUCGUCGAUCGCGUUCCCGUUCCCGGUCUCGUCGUUCGUCUCGUAGCCGUUCUAAGUCGCGUAGCCGAUCGAAAUCGAAGAAUGGAUCGAAAUCACCUGAAAAGUCUCGUUCGCGUUCUCGUUCAGUCAAAUCUCGGGAUAACAGCAAAUCAAAAUCACGUUCUCGUUCACCGAAACGGGAUCGUGAUGAGUCCCGCUCUCGUUCCCGAUCACGCUCAAAGUCGCAUUCACGUUCGCGUUCCAAGUCCAAGGAUAACAAAUCGCGUUCGCGAUCCCGAUCGCGCUCUCGUUCUCCACGAUCCCACUCAAGGUCUCGCGAUCGCUCGCAGUCGCAUGAUAAGUCACACGAUAAGUCCCGUUCUGCAUCUCCCAAAAAUAACGAUCACUCUCCGGAGCGUAAUGAAAGCAUGGAGGAUUGAGUCCAAAUGUGCUCUGUUUUAAUCACGUGUAGUAUGAAGACGAAGACGGCUACGUUUGGAGAAAAAAUUGCACCUCAACUUUAUCCAUUUUUUAAAUAAUAAUUAUAUGCAUUAACCACAACCACUUAGGAAUAGGAUAACUCUACAUAAAUGAUUGCCCUACCUGAGUUUUAAGCAAAUUAGACAGUCCUUCCAAAUGUUGUAUUUGCCUACAAAUUGAGAAAUUGCAUUUUCUUUGGACCAUUGCUCACAUCAGCUUUGCUCUUAACAUUUUGUCAAAAUGCGAAACACACUCAAAGCAAAACGCAAGCUCUGACGCUUUGCGCACACGUUUGCGGUGUUAUGAUUUGAUUUGAGCGACAAAUAUGAUCUAGAUCAUAGCACCGAUAAGUCAUCCGAUAAUAUUGUAAAAGAAUGUCUCUUUUUAGGAAUGAGUAAUUAAUCAAUUUCCGUCUAGAAUGGAGUUCUUUCUAGUUGGCAAUGCAAUAUAGCUAUCGAACGGCGAUAAGGAUUUUCCUUUUGAUUGCACAGUUUUACCCAGGUGUGUGUAUGUAACGAAGAGAAACAAAAAAUGUAGGAUUAGGUUUCAUCUGUAGUAAAGACGCAAAUUAGGUACGUUCCAUAAACAGUGGGAGCUGAAUUCAACGCAAAACUUACCGUAAAAAAUGUCAUAUUGCCCAUUGAAAAAAAUAUUGAUUUUAUUUGUCCAAUAAAGUAACCAUAAUGGUAAAAAUCACAACUGUC